AUGACUAUCCUCAUUGUAAAUACGCUACACAUUUUAGUCUUCACCACAGCUCUGCCAGGUAAUGGCAACCCCAUCCUCCCCCAGGCUCAGGCACCCUCGUCUCCUCACACCCCACACCCAGCCUGCCCCCGUCGUCUCUCGCUAGGUUACUGCAGCGGCCUCCCUGCAGGCCUCCUUGCUUCUGCUCUUGUCCUGGACCUCACCGUGGCAGGUAAGCAGCCCCCAGGCGGCUUCCUCGCUCUGGCCCUGACCUGUGUCUUGGUGCUGGCCGGCAGGCCCUCACUUGCCUCAUCAGAGAUCUCCAGAUUGAGCAUCCAGCAGCUGCAGCUCGUGCGGGGCCCCUACUGGAUCCUGCUGACAGCCCAGGAGCUCACCUUCAUCCACCGGCCCCUGAGCAGAUGGAUGCGGGAGCUGUGGCAUGAGAACAUUGCCACCUUCCUGGGCUUCUUUGUGGCCCCUGGGGUCAGUGCUCUUUUGUUGGAGCACUGUGCCCGGGGCAGCCUGGAGGACCUGCUGCGGAAUGAGGCUCUGCGGCUGGACUGGACUUUGAAGGCCUCCCUGGUGCUGGAUAUGAUCCGUGGUGUGUGGUAUCUGCACCAUCGGCAUUUCCCUCAUGGCUGCCUCAAGUCCCGAAACUGUGUGGUGGCUGGAUGCUUUGUGCUGAAGGUCACUGACCAUGGUUAUGCAGAGCUCCUGGACGCUCAGUGGGCUCCCCGCCCCCGGCCAGCCCCGGAGGAGCUGCUGUUGACAGCUCCGGAGCUGCUGCGGGGGCCCGGGGCACCCGGGCGGGGCACCCUCAAAGGAGACACCUUCAGCGUCGGCAUCAUCCUGCCGGAGGUGCUGACUUGGGGCCCGCACUAUGGUUCCCCAGGGCUCUCAGCGGAAGAAAUCAUCAGGAAGGUGGUGUCUCCCCCUCGCCUGUGCCGGCCACUGGUGUCUCCUGACCACGGGCCACCUGAGUGCAUCCAGCUGAUGGAGCUGUGCUGGGAGGAGGCUCCGGAGGACAGACCCAACCUGGACCAGAUCUAUACCCAGUUCAAAAGCAUCAACCAAGGCAAGAAGACCAGUAUUGCUGACUCUAUGCUGCAGAUGCUGGAGAAGUAUUCCCAGAACCUGGAGGACCUGAUCCAGGAGUGGACUGAGGAGCUGGGGUUGGAGAGACAGAAGAUGGAAAGGUUGCUCUCUCAGAUGCUCCUGCCGUCUGUGGCUGAAGCUCUGAAAAUGGGGGCGACUGUGGAGCCAGAGUACUUUGACCAGGUUACCAUAUACUUCAGUGACACUGUAGGCUUUACCACCAUCUCAGCCCUGAGUGAGCCCAUUGAGGUGGUGGGCUUGCUCAAUGACCUCUACACACUGUUUGAUGCUGUUCUGGGCAACCAUGACAUGUAUAAGGUGGAGACCAUCGGGGAUGCCUAAAUGGUGGCAACAGGGCUGCCCCAGCGCAACAGGAGCCAGCAUGCAGCUGAGAUCACCAACAUGGCCUUGGACAUCCUCAGCUCUGUGGGCGACUUCCGGAUGAGGCAUGUGCCCACUGUGUCCAUUCGCAUCAGGGCUGGACUGCAUUCAGAGCCCUGCAUGGCGGGGGUUGUGGGUCUCACCAUGUCUCAGUACUGCCUCUCUGGGGACACAGUUAACACCACAUCCCGGAUGGAGUCUACAGGGAUACCAUACAGAAUUCAUGUCUGCAUAAGCACCGCCCAGACACUGCUCAGCCUGGAUGAAGGCUACAGAAUUGAUAUCAGAGGCCAGACGGAGCUAAAGGGGAGGGGCUUCAAGGAGACCUACUGGCUGGUGGGGAAGGCGGGCUUCCCCAGACGCCUCCCCACACCUCUGGACAUCAAACCCCGGGUGAGUAAGUGGAAUUUCCCCCAAAGCUUGGCCUCUGUUGUUUGAAAGUUGAUACUUGUUAUUUUU